AUGACGGUCGCCGAGCUGCUCCUCGCCCAGCUCGAGGACAACAUCGAGGGUGAUGAGCCUAUCCUUGAGGAUGAUGAUGACGACGAUGAUGAGGAUGAGGAUGAAAAAGAUGACGAUGAAGUUGAGGGUAUGAUGAAAUUCUGCAAGGGUGAGAAGAAGAGCAGGAAAGCCAUGGAGAAGCUUGGCAUGAAGGCCAUGACUGGUGUGAGCCGUGUAACUAUCAAGAGGAGCAAGACCGUUGUGUAUGUCCUCUCCAAGCUGUUAGACUAUCCAGACGUCUUCAAGAGCUCGCAGUCAGACACCUACGUCAUGUUCGGGGAGGUCAAGCUUGAGGACCCGAGCACUCAGCUGCAGACACAAGCGGCGGAACAGUUCAAGGUGCCAGGCCCGAGCAGUGUGAUCUCAAAGGGCGAGCCGUCCGUGGCAGCAGCCCAGGACGAUGAGGAGGUCAACGACACUGAUGUUGACAAGAAGGACGUCGAGCUCGUGAUGAGGCAGGCCUCCGUGUCGAGAUCCAGGGCUGUGAAGGCGCUCAAGGCUGCGGAUGGCGACAUUGUCAGUGCUAUCAUGGAGUUGACUAACUAGGUGCUAGAAGGUGGAAUUGUGUC